AUGCACACUGCACUAGAUGGAUGGAAGCAAGUUGCACAAGAUGUAAAAUCAGCAAUAUUUGAAGAUCCUAGUCGACAAUGUGAAAAGAUCCUUGCUUUAAGUUACUAUUAUCUACCUCAACAGCUGAAAGCAUGCUUUCUAUAUUUUGGGAUUUUUCCUGAAGAUGAUGAGGUUAAUGUGACAAGACUAAUCAACCUAUGGGUUGCAGAGGGACUUUUGAAGGAAGGUGAUGAUACUAAAAGUUUGGAGGAUGUAGCUGAAGAAUGUUUACAAGAACUUAUAGAUAGAAAUUUGGUUCUCGUAGGCCAGCAGAAUUUUUGUGGGGAGGUGGAAACAUGUAAGAUCCAUGAUCUCUUACAUGAGUUAUGUUUGAGAAAAGCUCGAAGUGAGAACUUCCUACCUGUUAUUAGUAACGAAUCAUGGAACCGAUCAGCCCCACGUGUCUCCCGAUCAUUCACACAGCAUGGCGAUGUCCUCCGAAUAUUCCCAACGAUGAAGGGGGGGCAUAAUGCAAUAUUGGAACACCUACACACCAUACCCGGAGUUGGUCCAUCAUGGUGUAAAGAAGAAAUAUUUGCACUAAUGCCUAACUUGAAGAAAUUGGAGGUUGUGUUAGACCGCAAUGCUGAGGAACCCCUCGAUGAUUUCUGGUCGUCUGAUGAUUGGGAUUACUUGUGGCCGAAAAAUCCCGCACAUGAUGCCUUCUUUGAAAAUCUGAGUGCUUUUCCGCUAAACCUUAGAAGGCUGACAUUAUGCGGGUUAUGUCUUAAUUGGGCAGCUAUGGACAUUGUAGGCAUGUUGCCUAACCUCGAGGCACUCGAAUUGAAAGACAACGCAUGCGGACGUUCUUCUCUAACCAUGUGGAAACCCCGUAAAGGUAUGUUUUCUCGAUUAAAGUUCUUGUCAAUACGUAAUAUGGGAUUUUUCACCAAGUGGAAAGCUGUCGACGAUCAUUUUCCUGUCCUGGAGAAACUUUUUAUAUCUCAUUGCAAAUGGCUAAAAGAGAUUCCACAAGAAUUUGCAAAUAUUCCAACAGUGCAAGUGAUCGAGUUACGUGAGUGUAGUGUUCACCUAGCAAAAUCAGCAAAGCAGCUUCAACAAGAGCAAGAAGCCAUCUUUGGAUGCCAAGUGACUAAUAUCCAUGAAUCCAAUUGUAAAUACGGUUAA